AUGAGUCAGCUGUUGGGUCGUCAGGACUGCAUCGAAAGCCUCCGAAAAGACGUCGUCGACCUUCAAGGUGCGAUUCUGGACGUCUUUUCUCGAACUGGACCGGUCCGCUUUUCCUCAUGGAAGUUCCCCGAUAAACUUUCAUGUAAUCUGGACAUGGUGACUCUCCUAGAUCAAUAUGACUUUGUGGAGAGGGAGGAUGCAUUCAAUCAACACUCCCACAUUGUGUUAUUGGAGCUGGUGAUUGACAGACUACUGCUUCUUCUACAAAGCUUCAAUGCAUAUGUUGAGCAAAUUAGUUGCAGCCACAGGAGGCAACAAACCCAGCAGACAGGAUGCAUGUCAGUUGGUCUUGUUGUCAGAAACUAUUGGAGUAAUUUAGUUCAAUUUUCCAACCUAAAGGGGACAUACAAAGACAUCAAGAAACAAACUAAAGCAAAGCUAUUUGACUCUGAUGGGACAGUGACAGUGUCGUCAGUCUCACCCCAAAUGAGCACAAGCAAGCAUUGCUUACCUGCCUUGUCUUCAACAAGCUCCUCUAUGUUUUUGCCACAUAAUCUUGGACCUUCCAGUGCUACCCACAACACCCCAUGCUAUCCUAAAGUAUACAGCCACAAUGUAAGCUGCCAGACUGUUGAAUCAUCCCUUGUUCCCUGCAGUGCAUGCCACCGAGUGCAAUCUACUUUGAUAAAAACAGGACAUGCUUUGUUGGAACUGCUUCAGAGUGAGAGCCUGCCCUCAUCUCUGCAGCCACUCUUAGUAGCUGUGGAAGACACCCUGGAGCUGGGACAUAUGACAGCAGGGGAUGUGGCCCAGUGGGCCAAUGAGCAGCGAAGAGACAUGCGCCGGCUGGAAAAACAUCUUGUUGAUGUGCGGGGUACCGUGCAGCCUCUUAAAGAUAGACUAGCAGAAGCAGAAGCUGAGCGGGAGAGAUUCAGGUCUCAGCUGGAAAGUGAACAGAAAGAGUUCAAGCAAGAGAUGGAAAAACACCAAGCGAACACAGUACAGCUGGAGUUUUCACUGAAGAAAGCACAGAGAUCCACUGAAAAAAUAGAGCAGAGGUUGCAAGAGGAGGAACAACAACUCAAGAGAGAAACACUGUGUUUGGAGGAGAGUAAUUCCAGACUGAAAGAGAAAGUAGCACUACAGCAUGAUGCAUUACAGGCACUUGAACAAGAAACGUGUGUGCUGCAGGAUAAAGUGAGGACCUUGCACAUAGAGGAAGAGGCCUGUUGCAAACUACAGCAAAGAAUCCAGCAGUUAGAGACUCAUAUUUCUGAAACUCAACUUCAUCUUGACAAAGAGAAUGCCAAGUACCACAGCGCUUGUCGUCAGCAAGAGUCAAUGCAGGCAAAGCAAAAGUCUUUGUUAGAGAGAGUUGAUUCUCUCGACAAAGAGUGUGAAGAGCUGCAGAGUCAGUUGGUGGAGAGGGAGGAGAGACAGAGUGACCUUCACAAUCAGCUGCAAGAGAUGACGAAGGAGAAGGAACAAAUGCAGGCUCCAUUUGCUCAGCAGCGGGAGCUGUGUUUGGAACUCCAAAAGGAGAAGCAGACCCUGGAAACAUACGUAUGCGAGCUAAAGACCAGUGUGGCUGAGCUAAAGGAGGAUGUACAAGCUUUAAGGGAGAGAGAGAGGCUGUUGGUGGCUUUCCCAGAGCUCAGCCCUCUGACUCAAGCCCAACCAAAGAGUACAGGAAAUGUGCUUUUGGAUAUGGAGCAACAAUUGCAGGCAAAUACCAUACGUACAAAAAUCCUGGAGCAAGAAAACACUACCCUGUACACCAGCAUUGUAAAACUGAGGCAAAGAGCACACGAUAAGGCCACGAGGGAAGCCUCGCCAUGGAGCCUCUCUCUGCCCAACACGUCUGUUGAAGAGCAACAAAAUCACCUGACACAAAUACAAAAGAGUCCGUUGGUGAGCAGCAGUGCAACAGGGCUGGCAUACGAUAACAGAGGGAGGGAAGCAAGACGAGGGGAAAGUGGUCUCGAUUCAGCUGGGUCAGAGGAUCGUGUGUCCGCCGCCUCGUCUCUGCAACUUCACCUCCAAACCCUCCACCUCGACAUGGAAGCCACGGCUGCUAAAAAACAUCCAAAAACACGCAACGGCCUCUUGUCUCUCACUCCAGAAGCUCAAAUCAGAAGAACAAAAUUAAACCCUGAAUGA